CCGUCCGGGCGGGGAGGGAGGGAGGGAGGGAGGGGGAAAGUGAGACUCGGUGUCAUCACCAUCCAUUGUCAGAACGGGAGGAAACUGGAAUCCAGCAGCGGCGCGGCGAGCAGCAGCUGGGCGGUCACAUCUGGGGAUGCAAAGCCGACCUCCCCCUCCUCCUCCUCCGCCUCCUCCUCCUCCUCUCUCACCCGGGAUCACUUCCGAAACCACUUCGCCUCCAGCCCCUGCCUCGGCCAGAGGGGUUUAUUUAAUGGGGAUGUGUUCACGGCAAGAGAGAAUUCAGAAGGAUAUCGACGUCGUGAUCCAGAAGUCCAGAGCCGAGAAGGACUGCCUGUUUGCAGAUUUCAGAUACUCAGACUCCACCUUUACUUUCACCUACGUUGGCGGCCCCAAAAGUGUGUCCUACUCAGUGCAUGUCUCAGAAGAUUACCCAGACAAUACAUAUGUGUCAAGCUCAGAAAAUGAUGAGGAUGUACUAGUUACUACAGACCCAAUUCCGGUCAUCUUCCAUAGAAUAGCAACAGAAUUAAGAAAAACAAAUGAUAUUAAUUGUUGUUUGUCCAUAAGAUCCAAAUUACAAAAGGAAAAUGGGGAGGAGUCAAGGCAGAACAGCACCGUGGAAGAGGACUCAGAGGGCGACAAUGACUCUGAAGAGUUUUAUUACGGAGGACAGGUGAACUAUGAUGGGGAACUGCACAAGCACCCUCAGCUGGAAGCUGAUCUGUGUGCAGUGAGGGAGCUCUAUGGACCACAUGCAGUGUCUCUUAGGGAAUAUGGGGCUAUCGAUGAUGUAGAUAUUGAUCUGCACAUUGAUGUCAGCUUUCUGGAUGAGGAGAUUGCUGUGGCCUGGGAAGUGAUUCGAACAGAACCUAUUAUAGUCCGACUACACUGUUCUCUCACACAGUAUUUAAACGGCCCAGUGCCAACAGUUGAUGUCUUUCAGAUUUCUACAAAAGAGCGAUUUGGAUUGGGACAUCAGCUGAAAAAAAUCAUGCAGACGUUUGUUACUCAGCAGUGGAAACAGAGCAAAGAAAAGUCCAAUUGCCUGCACGGUAAGAAGCUGUCAGAGAAGAAGGUGAAGUCUCCUCUGCAUUUGUUUUCUACCCUGCGCAGGUCGCCCAGCUAUCCUCCCCCUGGUUGUGGCAAAAGCAAAUCCAAACUGAAACCCGAACAAGAUGGCAUCUCCAAAACGCACAAGCUGCUGCGGAGGACUUGCUCCAGCACUGUCAAAGCCGAUGACGUGUGCACCAAAUCACACAGGACCUUCGGGCGCUCGCUGUCCAGCGACCCCAGGGCCGAGCAGGCGAUGUCUACCAUUAAAUCGCACAAACUCCUGGGCCGGCCCUGCCCCACAGCCAGCAAGCAGGAGGACUGCCUCACGCUGAAGUCACACAAAUUAUUGACUCGAUCUUGUUCUGGAGACCCGCGGUGUGAGCACAACACCAACUUGAAGCCCCACAAACUGCUAAGCAGGUCUUACUCCAGUAAUCUCCGAAUGGAAGAGUUAUACGGGCUGAAAAAUCACAAAUUGCUCAGCAAGUCUUACUCCAGCGCCCCCAAGUCAUCGAAAACCGAGCAUUUCAAGGAACCCAACGCAGAGGGCAGGAGGCUCUCGCUUACCUCAGGGCUUAUCGGUAUUUUAACACCAUCGUCGUCUUCUUCCCAGCCUCCUACAAAUGGUGCAAAAUGCAUUCCAAUCCGAGACCGCGGCUUCCUGGUGCAGACGAUUGAGUUUGCUGAACAGCGGAUCCCUGUGCUGAAUGAAUACUGUGUGGUUUGUGAUGAGCCACACGUAUUUCAAAAUGGCCCCAUGCUCAGGCCCACAGUGUGUGAGCGGGAGCUGUGUGUCUUUGCUUUUCAAACCCUGGGGGUGAUGAAUGAAGCUGCCGACGAGAUAGCUACAGGAGCUCAGGUGGUAGAUCUACUUGUGUCCAUGUGUAGAUCUGCGUUGGAAUCGCCCAGAAAAGUCGUCAUUUUCGAGCCAUACCCUUCUGUGGUAGAUCCUAAUGACCCUCAGAUGUUAGCCUUCAACCCCAGGAAGAAGAACUAUGAUCGAGUAAUGAAAGCUCUGGACAGCAUAACUUCCAUCAGAGAAAUGACACAGGCACCCUAUCUGGAAAUCAAGAAGCAGAUGGAUAAACAGGACCCCCUUGCUCAUCCACUUCUGCAAUGGGUCAUCUCAAGUAAUAGGUCACAUAUUGUGAAACUGCCAGUCAACAGGCAAUUGAAGUUCAUGCACACUCCACACCAGUUCCUCCUUCUCAGCAGUCCACCAGCCAAAGAGUCCAACUUCAGAGCUGCUAAGAAGCUCUUCGGGAGCACCUUCGCAUUUCAUGGCUCUCACAUUGAAAAUUGGCACUCCAUCCUGAGGAAUGGUCUGGUUGUUGCUUCUAACACACGUCUGCAGCUCCAUGGUGCGAUGUAUGGAAGUGGGAUCUACCUUAGUCCAAUGUCAAGCAUAUCAUUUGGUUACUCAGGGAUGAACAAGAAGCAGAAGGUGUCAGCCAAGGACGAGCCAGCUUCAAGUAGUAAAAGCAAUGCAUCACAGUCUCAGAAAAAAGGACAGCAAUCCCAGUUCCUGCAAAGCCGUAACUUGAAAUGCAUUGCCUUAUGUGAAGUUAUCACGUCACCUGACCUGCACAAACAUGGAGAGAUAUGGGUUGUCCCUAACACGGAUCAUGUCUGUACACGAUUCUUUUUUGUAUAUGAAGAUGGACAGGUGGGAGAUGCCAAUAUCAACACACAAGAAGGAGGCAUUCACAAGGAGAUACUCCGAGUAAUUGGUAAUCAGACUGCUACUGGUUAAAGGACCACGGCGUAACAUGAUUUGAAAGCCUUCCUCGGGUUCAAAGCUGGGUUUUGAACUGAAGAAGAUGAUAAAAUAAUUUAUUGUUAUUAUAAACAAAAUUAACCCUUUGAAUACUGAUUUUUCUUUUCUUAGUAUUUCUAAAUAUUUCAUUAAAUACCUAAAAUGGUAUCAGAUUUACCAAUUGUAGGGUUAUGGAAUCUAGUAAUAAAAAUUAAACAGCACUUAAACUGAAGUUUGGGUUGCAUACACAAUAAACAGAUUGAAAAAACA